UGGGGAUGUAACAGAAAAAUGAGAUUCAAAGGGAAUGCGUCCUCAACGUUUAGGUUGUUUGCCUCUGUCAACCUCAACUUGGCGUAGAAGAAGAAUUAGAUAUGCAACGGAUAACCACUCUCAUUACAAUCCUUUUUACCUCUCAUCAACAAUCACAUCCAUCGCUUCCAGUUCCAUAACCACCACGACUGCGACCAAUUUUGGGCGGCAAGAAUGCUUAGCCUUCUACGAUCGUCUUCUUCAGUCCUGUUGUUGCUUGGAUUCACUCAAGCAGAUUCACGCUUCCCUCUCUACUACCGGUUUCAUCAGGGAAACCCCCCAUUUGAGUGCCCAGAUCAUUAUCAAAUACUCUCUGUUCGACGACCCGGGAAGCGCCCGAUUCCUGUUUGAUGGGAUUUCCGAAACCAAAUCAUUCUUAUGGAACUCCAUGAUUCGAGCCUAUGCCAAUGGCGGCCACUUCACAGAAGCGCUCGAGCUCUAUUCACUUAUGCGCAAAAUGGGUAUCGGACCCAAUAACUACACCUUCCCCUUCGUUCUCAAGUCAUGCGCGUCAAAGUCACUGUCUCUUGAGGGUCGAUUGAUUCAUGUCGAUGCCAUAAAGACCGGGUUUGAGUCGGAUUUAUUUUUCGAAGCCGCUCUGGUGGGUAUGUAUGCCAAAUGUGGUGAAACGGAUGAUGGACGUAGGGUGUUUGAUACAAUGUCGAAUAGGGACCUUGUCUGCUGGACUGCCAUGAUAACGGCUUAUGAACAAUCGGAGCGUCCCGAAGAAUCGUUAAUUUUGUUCCGAGAGAUGCAGGAAGAGGGACUUGCCCCGGAUUCAGUCACAGUGGUGAGUGUUGCUUCAGCCAUUUCUCAGUUAGGAGAUGGCAGGAAGGCUCAAUCGGUUCAUGCCCAUGUCAUCCGGAAAGAAUUUCUUGACGAUGUGUUUGUGGGAAACUCGAUCAUAGCCAUGUACGCAAGGUGUGGUCACCUCGAAGAGGCACGUCUGGUUUUCGAUCUUAUGGAGGAAAGAGAUGGUAUCUCAUGGAAUUCAAUGCUUUCAGGUUAUACCCAGAAUGGACGAGCGAGUGAAGCUCUGUUACUUUUUGAUAAAAUGCAGGUUUAUGGGGUGAAACCCAAUCCAGUUACCGCAUUAAUUGCAGUCUCUGCCUGUGCUUACCUGGGGUCUUUGAGCCUUGGAAGGAAGCUCCAUGGUUUCAUCAUCAAUAGCAGAACGGCCAUUGAUACAACACUGUGGAAUGCCAUAAUUGAUAUGUAUGCUAAGUGUGGAGACUUGGACUCUGCCGUUCACAUGUUUAAUAACAGUUCCUUGAGCCAAAGAAACGUUAGUUCCUGGAAUGCGAUGAUUGCAGGGUAUGGCGUCCAUGGGUAUGGCAAAGAAGCACUUGAUCUCUACUCACAGAUGCUUGAGGAAGGCAUUCUACCAAACCACAUCACUUUCAUGUCUAUUCUUUCUGCCUGUAGUCAUGCAGGCCUUGUCAAUGAGGGUAGGAAGUGUUUGGAAGACAUGAAAGUACUUUCUGUGACCCCUGAGGUGAAACACUAUGCCUGCAUGGUCGAUAUGCUUGGGAGAGCUGGACUGUUGCAAGAAGCUCUUGGUCUGAUAAAAGAAAUGCCAAUGGAGCCAAAUGAUGGGGUGUGGGGAGCGCUACUUUUGGCUUGUAGGAUCCAUGGGAACACCGAGUUGGGGGAAUUUGCAGCUAAGAAUCUGUUCCACCUUGAGCCAGACCAUUCUGGAUACUAUGUGCUGAUGUCGAAUAUAUAUGCAGCAUCAUGCAAAUGGCAAGAAGUCGGGAAGCUGAGACAAGAUAUGAAGGAUAAGGGACUAAAGAAACCUGCAGCCUUCAGUGUUAUUGAAUUUUGUGGAGAAGUUCAUGGAUUCCAUACUGCAGAUCAGUCUCAUCCACAAUUUUGGGAGGUGUACAGGAAAGUGGAGCACUUAAUGGUUGAGAUGAAAAUGGUGGGUUAUGUGUCAGACCUAUCAUGUGUUCUCCACGACGUAGAACAGGAAGACAAGGAGCAUAUCCUCAACUACCACAGUGAAAAGCUUGCUGUUGCUUUUGGAAUUAUGAAUAUCGACCCUGGAAUGCCUAUACAAGUCACUAAGAACCUCAGGGUCUGCAAUGAUUGUCAUUCAGCAUUCAAAUUUAUCUCACAUGUUUAUCAGAGGAAGAUUAUUGUUAGAGAUGCAAAUCGAUUCCAUCACUUUGAAACUGGGUCCUGCUCAUGCAAGGAUUAUUGGUGAGCUGCAUCGAGUGACAGGUUGGCUUUGACAUCUCACAAUGUUGUUGGUUUUUUAUUUAUUUAUUUUUUUGAGUCAAGAACUUCUCUCUCACAUGAUUAAACAGUCUUGUACACCUACUUGGUAGUGGGUUACCUCCCUAUUGAGUAGAGCGGUCCUUCAAAAAACUCCUAUUCAGAAUGGAAAAAGGAUAUCACCAAAGAUGUUCCUGUCCUAUGCCAUGGAAAAUGUCUGUUACCCUUAAUCUGGAGGGGAUUAAUGAGAACACCAAUCUGUCAUUCGAGUUCUUCACUAACAUAGUUGCAAGUCUCAUACUGUUGUAUAACUACUUGUUUAAUGUCAUUGUUUAGGUUCUUGUUGAGGAUACCAAACAUUUGGGUGGUCAAGAGAAAGAAAAAAUAUAUAUAAUAAUGUGCUGGUCUGGCUGUUGCACCAGGAAUUUAUACCUC